CCGCCCACUGAAAUUUCCCACCCAAAAUCCAUUUUCACUCUCUCACAGAGAGAGAAGAGAGAGAGAGAGAGAGUAGAUGCAGCCAAACCCACUUCCUAUCAAUCUUUAGCUGGUUAAGGGGGUUACCCAUUAAGCCAAAAAAUGCCAGAUUUUGCCAAUCUUUUGGAUCUUCAAUUACCAUCUGCACCAGAUGAAUCAUUAUUGUCUGAACAAGGUAUGGCAGUAUUAAGUGAAUCUGAUAGAAAUAACCAGUUGGGGUUUCCUGUUUUGCUUAAUGAAGAUGAGCUGGACAAGGAAAAUGGUGGUUGUGUUGAGUUGGAAUUGAAAGAAGACGAGGUUCAGGCAGUAGUUUCUGACCGAAUUGUCGAUGAAUCUGACCGAAAUUCUCGGUUGGGGGUUCCUAUUUUGAUUAAAGAAGAUGAGUUAAUAGCGGAAAAUAAUGGGUAUGGUGAGUUGGAAUUGAAAAAAGACGAGGUCCAGGGACUAAAUUCUGACCGAAAUGUUGAAGUUUCCGGUGAAUCUGACCGAAAUUCUCAGUUGGGGUUUAGUGUUUUGCUUAAAGAAGAUGAGUUAAUGGCGGAAAAUAAUGGGUAUAGUGAGUUGGAAUUGAAAGAAGAGGAGGUACAGGGACUAAAUUCUCACCGAAAUGUCCAAGUUUCCGGUGAAUCUGACCGAAAUUCACAGUUGGGGUUCCCUACUUUGCUUAAAGAAGACAAUCCGCAACCGGAAAAUGACGGGUAUAGUGACUUGGAACACAAAGAAGAGGAGGUCCAGGGACUUAAUUCUGACCGAAAUUUCAAAGUUUCCGGUGAAUCUAACGGGAAUGACCAAUUGGGGUUUCCCAUUUUGAUGAAAGAAGAGGAGUUGAACCCGGAAAAUGCUGGGUAUAGUGAGCUGGAAUUGAAAGGAGAUGAGUUGCAGGCACUAGUUUCUGACCGAAAUGUCGAAGUUUCAAGUGAAUCUGCCUGGAAUUCUCAGUUGGGGUUUCCUAUUUUGCUUGAAGAAGGCGAGCUGAAGCUGGAAAAUGGUGGGUGUGUUGAGCUGGAAUCGAAAGAAGAUGAGGUCCAGGCAUUAGUUUCUGAUGGAAAUGUCAAAGUUUCAAGUGAACCUGACCGAGAUUCUCAAUUGGGGUUUCCUAUUUUGCUUAAAGAAGACGAGUUGAUGUCGGAAAAUGAUGGGUUUGUUGAGCUUGAGUCGAAAGAAGAUGAGGUCCAGGGACUAGUUUCUGAGCGAAAUUCCCAGUUGGGGUUCUCUAUUUUGAUGAAAGAAGAUGACAUGAUGACGGAAAAUGGUGGGUGUGUUGAGUUGGAAGAGAAGGAAGAUGAGUUGAAACUGGAGAAUGAUCGGUGUAGUGAGUUGGAACACAAAGAGGAGGAGGUCCAGGGACCAGUUUCUGAUGGCAAUUCUCAGUUGGGGUUCUCUAUUUUGCAGAAAGAAGAAGAGUUGAUGCUGGAAAAUGAUGGGUGUGGUGAGUCAGAAGUGAAAGGAGAUGAGUUGAUGCCGGAAAUUGGUGGGUAUAGUGAGUUGGAAUUGAAAGUAAACAAGGUCCAGGAACUAGUUUCUGACCAAAAUGCUCAGUUGGGAUUCCCUGUUUUGCAUAAAAAAGAUGAGUUGAUGCAGUUAAAUGACGGGUGUGUUGAUUUGAAAUCGAAAGGAGAUGAGUUCCACACAGUAGUUUCUGAUGGAAAUUCCCAGUUGGGGUUUCCUCUUUUGCUGAAAGAAGACGAUCUGAAGCCGGAAAAUGGUGGGUGUGCUGAGUUGGAACAGGAAGAAGAUGAGGCCCAGGGACUAGUUUCCGACAGAAAUUCCCAGCUGGGGUCCUCUAAUUUGAUGAAAGAAGAUGAGUUGGUGUCGGAAAAUAACGGGUGUGUUGAGUUGGAACAGAAAGAAGAUAAGGUUCAGGGACUAGUUUCUGACCAAAAUUCUCAGUUGUGGUUCCCUACUUUGAUGCAAGAAGACGAGUUGAUAGCAGAAAAUGAUGGGUGUGUUAAGUUGGAACAGAAAGAAGAUGAGUUGACCCUGGAAAAUGGUGGUUGUGCUGAAUUGGAGUUAAAAGGAGAUGAGGUCCAGGCACUAGUUUCUGACGAAAAUUCUCAGUUGGGGUUCUCUAUUUUGCCGAAAGAAGACGAGUUAAUGCUGGAAAAUGGUGGUUGUGCUGAGUUGGAAACGAAAGAAGACGAGGUUCAGGCAGUAGUUUCUGACGGAAAGUCCGAGUUGGGGUUCUCUAUUUUGCACAGAGAAGAUGAUCUGAAACCGGAAAAUGAUGGGCGCAGUGAGUUGGAAUUGAAAGAAGAUGAGUUGAUGUCGGGAAAUGGUGGGUGCGUUGAGCUGGAAUUGAAAGCAGAUGAGGUCCAGGCAGUAGUUUCUGACCGAAAUUCCCAGUUGGGGUUCCCUAUUUUGCAGAAAAAAGACGAGUUGAUGCCUGAAAAUGGUGGGUGUGUUGAGCCGGAGGAGAAGGAAGACAAGUUGAUGUCUGAAAAUGAUGGGUGUGUUGAGUUGAUGUCAGAAAAUGAUGGGUGUAGUAAGAUGGAACAGAAAGAAGAGGAGGUCCAUCAACUAGUUUCUGACGGGAAUUCCCAUCCGGGGUUCCCUAUUUUGCAGAAAGAAGACGAGUUGAUGCUGGAAAAUGGUGAUUGUGCUGUGUUGGAAUCAAAAGAAGACGAGGUUCAAGCACUAGUUUCCGACGGAAAUUCAUUCACUAUGUUGCUGAAAGAAGACAAGUUGAUACCGGAAAGUGAUGGGUGUGUUGAGUUGGAACAGAAGGAAGAUAAGUUGAUGUCGGAAAAUGAUGGGUGUGUUGAGUUGGAAGAGAAGGAAGAUGAGUUGAAACUGGAGAAUAAUGGGUGUGGUGAGUUGGAAGUUGGGGUUUUGAGGUCUAGUGGUGGUGGGUUGGCGGUGAAAAAGAGUUUGGAUGAGUUUGUUAAAGAUUGGGUUGAGAGGAAAGUUAAUGCUGGUGUGGAUAAACGUAAUUGUGUAUUGCCAUUUCUUGUUCAUGCUCCGAAAUCGGUUGAAUGCUCUGUUUGCCAAAGAUUAAUAUUUCCAGGUGACGAGGUAAAAUGCUCUGUUCGAGAUUGUACAGGAGUUUUCCACUUACAAUGUGCUAAAGAAAAACUUGGGCUAUCAUCUCCCAAAAUGUUUAAGUGCCCUCAACAUGUAUGUUAUGUUUGUAAUAAAAAGAUACAUCUCUGGCGGUGCAUCAAAUGUCCACUAGCAUCACAUGAUAAGUGUGCAGCAUUUCCAGAGCACGUGGUUCAUUUAAAUUAUCAGCCAGGGCGAGUUAUUUGUUGGAAGCAUCCAUCUGAUUGGUGUUUGCAGAAGCAUGAAUCCUCAACAAGUAAUUUGGAGGAGAUAUUUGCUAAUUUGCCUUUACCAUACGUGGAGGAGGAGUUCAAGAUUGACUUAAGUUGGAAAGACAUGAUUGACAACAGAUUUGAACCACCUCCAUACGUGCAUAUCAAGAGAAAUGUUUACCUCAUUAAGAAAAAACGUGAUGGCGUUAAUGCUGAUAUUGGGUGCACAAGCUGCAGAUCCACAGAAUGCUCGGACAAUUGUGUUUGCAGGGUUCAAUGCAUAAGUUGUUCGAAGGCGUGCCAUUGCUCUGAUAUGUGCUCAAACAGACCGUUUCGGAGAGAUAAAAGGGUAAAAGUUGUCAAGACUGAACUUUGUGGUUGGGGGGUAGUAGCAGCUGAAUCCAUAAACAAAGGUGAUUUCAUAAUUGAGUACAUUGGCGAAGUUAUUGAUGAUGCCUUGUGUGAAAAAAGGCUAUGGGACAUGAAAUACAAGGGAGACAAAAACUUCUACAUGUGUGAACUACGGAAAGAUUUCACAAUUGAUGCAACUUUCAAGGGAAACUUGUCCCGUUUUCUCAACCAUAGCUGUGAUCCUAAUUGCAAAUUGGAAAAAUGGCAAGUUGAAGGCGAGACUCGAGUUGGUGUCUUUGCUGCUCAAUCCAUCGAAAUAGGAGAGCCUCUGACCUACGAUUACAAAUUCGUGCAGUUUGGACCGGAAGUGAAGUGCCAAUGUGGAGCUUCGAACUGUCAAGUAUAUCUCGGCAGCAAAAAGAAAAUCACAAGUAAACUCGACAUCUCCUGGGGUUUGAAACGCAAGAGAACAUCUACUUCUUGCCUAGCGAUUAUCAAAUCGAAUUCAUGUUAGCCUAUUUUUUCUCAUUCGAUCAUUUUUACAUAUCGCGUUUUCUACAAAAUUCAAUAAACCAAAAGAAAGGCAUUGCAGAAAAGAGAAAAGGAACAGAAAGACUAGUUUUAUAAGCAUUGUUACAUUGAUUUAUACUGGCAAUAUGCCCUUGUUGAGCAUAGUUAUUUCACUUUUAUUGUGAAAGAUAUAACAAGAUCCUCACAUUAUAAAGAUCAUAUCUUUUCA